ACCGCAACCUUACCAACCAUUCUCCUGCACAAAAAUGGCCGCUGCAGGCUUCGCCUACGUGCAUUCCUAGGAACUUCCCUUUCCCAGCAUGGCGCUGCGGUCGCGGCGCAGAACGAGUGACGUCGUCACGCUAGCAUACGGAACAAUGUCGGACGAUAGGUUGAGGCGUGAGCUGGUGUCUCUCGGCUUCAAACCGGGACCGAUCACCGAUAGCACGCGCGGCGUCCUGCAGAAGAAGCUAGAGAAGUUACGUAGAGAGUCUGCGGGGCGCCGGAACUCCGCUGGGGGCGGGGAGAGGCGCAGCGGCGCAGGCGGGGGGCGCACCUACCAGGGACGCGGCACUGACAGCCGAGUGGAAGAAGAUGAGGAUGAGGAAGACGAGGAGGAGCAGCGCCGCUGGGAGACGCACCGAUCUGACCUGUUGCCCGGCCUGCACAGGCCGCAGCAGCUGGCUGAGGAACGGGUAUCCUGGGGCAGGGAGACCCGGCCGGUGGAGGGCAGCUGGGGAGCAGGCAGCAGAGCGGAGGAUGUCCUGUACCCCCGGAGAAGUGUCACCACCUCUUCUCCCCACACGGAGCACAGCGGGCUGUGGCGCAGGGAUAGGGACAGCUGGGCAGCGGACUAUAACGGGAGCUCCAGCCUGGGAUGGAGGCCGGGAAGCACCGGCAGCCUCCCACACACACGGACAGGGGGCCUGGAACAGGGGAGAGCCCGGUACGGAUGGGAGCAGCCGGACACAACGGACAGCCGCCCUCACACGGGGGUCCCGGCCCUGAGGCGGGAGGGGACUGCUCAUCACAAGCCGCACUGGGCCAGGUGCACCGAGUACUAUCUUGCCGUCCUGUUGCGGGUGCUGUGCGCGGUGCUGCUCACGGUCUUCCUCGGCAUCCUGGUUAUGAAGAGCGGGGUCCUGAGCAGCCAGCAGGACAGUGAAUUGAAAUUACUUCCUACUGACUGUGAAGGCAGAAAAGAUUCGUUUUGCAAAGCCAAGGAGAAGCAAAUUGUCCUCCAAAUCUUGUCAGAAUUAUAUGAUUUUCUGUCCAUAGAAGCUGGCAGAUUUGAGUGUGGAAAUCCUUCUGGUCUGAGUAGUAAGUGUGUCCCAAUCAACAGAGCAAAAGAACAUGUGAUGAAUGUUAGUGGCUAUGCAUCUAUGAAAUUUGAUGCUGCUCUAGACUGGAUGCUGACCAGUGAUGUCCAUCUUGGGAUAUGGGCAAAAGGAGAAGAUGCUGAAGACACUGUCACUAAAAGGGCUGAUAUCUUCUGUGUUGAAUCAUCACGACCACGUCUAGGAAUUACUUGUCGAAUGAAGAAUGCACUCUACACAGCAAUUUCUAACCUAUUUCUGGCUGUUCUUGGUAUUUUUUUUCUUUGGCUAGUGUUGAUCCUCCUGAGAUAUCAUUGGCGAAGGUUGGAGGAAGAGGAGAAGCAAAUGUUUGAUAUGGUUGAGAAAAUCAUUGAUGCUGUAAAAUAUCAUUACAAAGAUUGGACUCUUGGAAUAGAGCAGAAUGCAUAUGUUGGUAUCUUGCAUGUGAGAGAUACAUUGAUAAUGCCUCAGGACAGGAAACGCUUGAAGAAAGUAUGGGAUCGCGCAGUGCAGUUUAUUGAGGAUAAUGAGUCCCGUCUCCGCACAGAGUCACAGCGUGUAGCCGGAGCAGAUUUGAGGGCAUGGCGUUGGACCCAUUCACGAAGUGAAUACCCCAGAGAGAGGAUGACUUCUCCCUCAUUUUUGUCCUCUACUAUGAGGGAAUAAUGUUUCUGACAAUGGUAGUGGUGUUCUUAAACCGGUCAAUUCAUUGCUUUUGGUAAUAGCAAAUUGAAACAGAAGUUGAUACGAAGUGGAACUAAUAGCACAUCGUUUAAGCAGGGUAAAUCUUGCUAUAUUGAACAAUGCAUUGAAUGUAUGUUUGGUGUAUAAAUGAUCUGUUUGUCAAAGUAAUGCAUACAAUGCCUAUGUAGAGCAUACUGUAUGUGGGUGAUUAUAGGAACCUGCAAGGUUCUUACGGAUUUGUAUUUUCCUUUACAGUACAGGAAUUAAAAUAACCAGCGGCAUAUAUAGAAAUAUAUUUUUGAAAUAUUUUGUAUUCUGGUAAAUAUUUUUAUUAAUGUUCGGUUUAUUUAUGGUCUGUGUAAUAACUCACUCCUGCUUCAUAAACAAUAUAAUUUGCAUCCACAUUUGGUGGGCUGUCGGGUAGCUCUGCUUACUGUACUUGUGUUCAUCCUUUCUUAAAUUCGUUACACUGUCCAAGUUUCUCUGUAUAUCACAAGAUAAUAGACUGCAUAAAAGCUUAUUAUCCCCCAACUCUUUAAA